AGAGCAAAACAAAUUACAAAAUAGAAUCACAAUAAUGUCUUCCAAGCGUCGACUAAUGAGAUAUUUUAUAAGAAAACAAAAACAAUAAUUAUCGAACAACGGCGACACCUUUAGAGACAAGACGACCAUCGUUGAAAGCUUCUCAGAUUUUCUCCUUAUCCCCAAAAAUUCAAGCUUUUUCUCUUUUGGAAAAAUUCUGAGCAAAAAUGCGGCGUAAUUGCUGCCAUGUUUCGUUUGCUUCAACUCUCAAGAUCCUCAAUUGUGUUCAAGCUUUCAUCGGUGUUUCCAUCAUUAUCUACUCCAUUUGGAUGCUCCAUGAAUACAACCGUCACCUUCCCGUCGACCCACCUCCGGCAGCUUCAUCAAGCUCCGGAACCGAGAUCGCUACUAGUAUAUCUGAGCCCUUGAAGAAUCCUAUUGAGUUCAUGGCGAGUAUCGUUCUCGGGUCUAAUGGUGGUGAUCAUGGGUUUAAUCUACGCUCGUUGGAUCUUCCUGCUCCAUGGUUCAUCUACUCUUUCAUGGCGGUUGGUAUAUUGGUCUGCAUUGUUACCUUCAUUGGUUUCAUAGCAGCUGAAGCAAUCAAUGGCUGUUGCUUGUGUUUUUACUCUAUCCUCAAAACUCUGCUCAUUCUACUCGAAGCUGCACUUGUUGCAUACAUUGCUAUUGACCGUCACUGGGAAAAGGAUCUUCCGUAUGAUCCAACUGGAGAACUCAGUAGUCUUAGGGCCUUCAUUGAAGAAAACAUCGAUAUAUGCAAAUGGGUCGGGAUUGCUGUGGUAGCCAUCCAGCUACUGUCGUUGCUACUAGCCAUGGUUCUCAGAGCUAUGGUUUCAACCCCAAAACCCGAACUUGACGAAGAGGAAGAUUAUGAGAACCCGAGGAGUAGAACUUGGGACCCACUUCUUGGUUCGCAAGGAAACCAAGCGCCUGCUGGGUCAAGCAAAAUUGAAAACUGGAGCUCCCGAAUCAGAGAAAGGUAUGGUUUGAACCAGAGUCCACCGGUGAACCCGAAAGGUUGAUGAAGCCAAAUUAACAUGUUUCUAAAACUGCAUGUGUCAAUAUGGUCUCUCUCUGAAGCUCUCUUUCUCUAUGUUUGCUCUUUGCAACUUCUCGAGUGUGCAUAACAUUAAACAUUUACUCAAAACGGUGCCGUGUUAUGUUUACACAUAAGCAUCUUCGUUUGUGUGUUUGCUUGUAUAAACAAUCCUGUGAACAGUUUGAAAUUAGCAUUUCCACUAGAAAGUUUCGAUUCAA